UUGAAUAACGUGGAUUUCUAAAUUUAUUUUGCGACGCUCACGCACGAGACGUGUCCGGUCUGGUCAGCAUGUUAGCCCCUGGCAACGCAGACGCUCGUUUGCGCAGUGUGAGUGCAAUUAAUUCAUUAAUAUUGAUUUCAAAAGGUAUUUUGCAAAGUCUGCGGUGUAGUCAGCCUGUUACAGGAUCAGUUGAACCUGGAUGUAAAUCGAUUACAUUUCAUAUAUUUUGAAUUAUUAUGAUGCAUGCUAUUCGAAUAUAUAUAAUAUCAUGUAUACCAUUUGCAAGUCUGGAUAAUGACACAGCAUAUAAUAUUCAAGAAAAUGUGAGAAAGCAAAAAAGAGAGAUAAUCAUGCCCUGCUAUCAAAGAAAUUCCAACCUUUUCAAGAGCAGGCUACAGUAUUUGCGCUCCUCUCAGUUAACGUCCUUGGAAAACCCCUAUCUGCAUUGAUUGUGUGUCCGUAUAAACUACACCGCUUGAAUGUCACGAUGAUUACGAUGGAGCGGAUGAUUACGAUGGAGCGAAAGGAGGAUAUUGAUUGAAUAUAUGAUAGCUAGAAAGGGAGGAGCCAGGUUGCCAAGGUGAACGUAGACUACAUUAUUCUAGCACUCAUUACCAAAAAGGAACCUGAGGAAGUUCGGGUGGAACGGAGGCGUAGCAUCUCUCACUGAAUGACUGCAUGCUGUGGGGAUGGAGAGGAAGUCAUUUGCGCUUAAGGCAAAAUAACAAAUACUUUAUGAUAUCUGUAUUUACUUUAUUGAUAAAUACAUCCGAAACACCUUGGUUCACCGGUUUCUCUUGCUGUCAUAAACUGUGAGCUCCAUUUCAGGCCAUUUCAAUGGAACGGAGCGAGUCGUGUCUCUGAGUUCAGUCCAUCAGGAUAACCUAUCAGGACGCAAGGAGACGCACUGGCAACAAAGCGUAACGUCGGUAGUACCCCAUAAAGGUGCUAGAAUCCAUCAUCUGGGGUUCAGCGCACCAGAGGGGGGACUCGGAACCUCGCGGAACUCAGCCUGAGUGUGUGGAACCCCUGGGUCUGGCCCUGUGUCCUGGAGGAGGCAGCUGUGGGACAGACUGGCGCGUCACGUGGCGCUGCUCUGCCUGACCCCUAUCCAGGCCUCACCCCUCAGAGGGCCCACUCAGUCUGCCUGGCGGGGAGAGGAGCAGGCCCUCAACCUCAGUGGGAAGGAGGAGUAGUGCUCUGUGUUUUUUUGUGAUCAGAGUUUUCUUAAGUGGUGAUUUUUCAGGAUACCUGGACGGUGGAUGUGAUUUAGACUAUGAGUUUUGCAGUGAGACUGGAGUGAGAAUGUAGAAGAUCACCUUGUUUUACCUCUGAAGAACCACAGGACAUCUGAUUUGAAGUGACCUGCAGGCUGGAAAACAACUGAUCAUACCUGGCCUUUGGACUAGAGAAGAGCCUCUGAGACAGUGCUGUUGUUGUGUGUGUGUGUAAGCACACUAGACACCCGGUCCUCUUAACAGAAUCAGGGCUGUUCUGUCACACUGAUAUAAGAGGAUUACAACUCAACAGAAGACUACACAUUCAACCAAACUCUUCUGGAGACUGGAGCCCUAUCUUUCUCUUGAAUGUUUUCCCUUGUCUCCUCAGUGGCAGCCAGUGCUAUUUGAUUUAACGUAUCUUCCCAGGUCCAGUUGGCUCCUCAUUUCACGCACCUCGGUAGUUCCAAGUCAACUAGUUCCUCAUCACCAUGGUGAUGUCCCAGGGCACGUACACCUUCCUGGCCUGUUUCGCUGGGUUCUGGUUGGUGUGGGCUCUCAUCGUCAUGCUGUGCUGCUUCUGUAGCUUUGUCCAGCGUCGUCUGAAGAGGAGGAGGGAGGAGAGGCUGAGGGAGCAGUGUCUAAGGGCCCUGGAGAUGGAGUCACUGGAGUGCCUGGGCACAGCGGGGUUGGCUGGGUACCCUCCAUCCAGAGAGCCCCUCCAGUUCUGCCCCCCGCUGACCCUCUCCCCACCGCUGCACAUUCCCCGAUCCCUCCCCGAGGGCAGCUGGGCGUCCCCACAAGAGACGGACGUGUUUGGGAAGCCCCCCUGCUACGAGGAGGCUGUUCUGAUGGAGGACCCCCCUCCCCCCUACUGUGAGGUGCUGGCUGACAGCCGGGGGGGCACCUACACCAAGCCCACCCCCCAGACCUCCAGGCUGGAGCAGCAGGAGCCUGAGACCUCCAAGACUCCCCCUGUCACAGUGUUCUCUGAGCGGGGCUACUCCUCCUUGAUCCGCCUGCCCACCGCCCGACGCUGGGACUCCCUGGGUCACCUGCUCUCCACAAUGGACCUCAACCACAACACCCUCCCCACGGAGCCCCUCUCUCUGCAGGCCCAGGCUACCGUCACCAUACCCCGCGAAGGCCGGACUCACACACACCCAGAGCUGGGGCUGAGAAGUAUCCAUGGGCUCAGGGGGCUAGAGCAGAGCUGUGGCUUUCCCACAGCCUUCCCUCUGCUGGGUCGCAGUACAGCCGUGUAGGCCUGACUAACCCUCCUGGAGGUGGGGGUCAGACUGGAGCUAAGGACACUUGGUUGAGGUGGAGAAGCGUUGGGUUGGGUUUGAGGAGUUGCAUCUGGGUGGUAGAGUUGGACUGAUGAUGAAGGGGAUAGACGAGAAAUAUCCUUCAGACUCCCAGCAGCCAGAGGUGUUGACAGAGUGAGAUGGGACACCCUUUCUAAAGAUGGUCCCUCUUCCCAGCCUUCCUCUCAUCCUCCCUCCAUUAUCUGGCUCUCUCUCUACCUCCAAUUCUUUCUAUUCUCUUUAUCUCUUUAGUUGGAUUGAUCUCUCUAUUCUCUGCAGCAUUGCAGCCUGAUGCAGAGCAGCUAUUAUAUGAGUCUGCUGUUGCCAUAGCUCCCUGGAACUGUCUGUUGCCCAUGACACCUUGGGCCCCUAGUGACCUCUCCUCCUCGUCGAGUUUCUAAAGACAUUUUCAUAGGCUUUCUUUGUAUGACUGCAGGUUGAAAGAGGGGGAAAACAUGCCAAGCUCUGUGUUGCUGUUUCUCUUGAUGUAUAGUAUGUAUAGUGAAGGACCAAGAAAGACAUGUUGGUGCAUUCAGCCCAAGUAACUAUCGCCCUGCUCGGAGCAUUGCAAUGUGCAAUGGAAACUUUGUUUUGUAUUGAAAAAGCUCUUCUUCAGCAUUACUGUCAUAUCUUCAAGAUGUUAUGAAGUGGACUAUGAAUAUCAAUUUGAUAACCCCCAGCUGGGUAUUGUUGCUCCUCAGUGUACAGCGACUGCGUGUGUGCAUAUGUGUGUGCCUGCGUGUGUCUGUCUGUGUGUGUGUGUGUAUGUGGUUGCUAUCUUUCCACGAGGGAAGUGUUUUAUCAAGAUUGUGAUUGUGAAUCCAUUUCUUUCUUUCUCUCCCUCCGUCAUUAUCCCUCUGUCUUCCUCUCAAGCUACUCAUCAGGCUAGAUGUGACUGUGAGACACUCUCCUUCACAUUGCCAUGGGGGUGCUACAAUACAUAUAGCAGACACCAUCACAAAAAAUGUAAUCUGUCAUGGUAGAAAAACAAAGCUAUCACCAUGCACCAAGCAAUUGCAGAGAUGGGAUUUCUGUUCCUUUUCCUGAUUUAAAAAAAAGUUUAUUCAGCUAUGAAAUACUUUUGCAGAGGGAAAUUAAUCUAUCCAAUCCUGACCUCCCUUACUACCCCGGUAAGCCUAUUAGGAACAGUGUUACCACCAAGGUCCACCGCAUUGUUAUUAGCUGUUAUGUAACCCAAUUCAAUCACAUUACAUAAUCCACUGAAAUUAAUGGAGUAUUUGAUGGCCUGGGCUUACUUGGCAGUACUGAGAUACUUGGACAAAUUAGGAAGCUUGUCAGUGCAAAGCUGAGGUGCUGUCCUCAAGGAGCUUAUAUAAAUGUAGAGAUAGGGAACAUACAGUACCCAAUGCCAGGAGAGAGAGAGAUGAGAGGGAGAGAGAGAAUGAGAGAACUACUUGAGGCUAUUCCUGCAGAUAGAGAUAAUGUUAUUACUGAGAGGUAAAAAGUUUUUCAGUUUGAAUCUAUACAGACAAUGUCACAGUUUGUCCUUGGUUCUAUUGCAAUAUUAUGGUAGUUUGUUGUUCUGUGUAACAUAGCAUUGAGACGGUCCAUUAAGUUUAUUUCGGAUGCUGAUAUUUAAGAUAUUUUUUACCAAAAGUAUAGUCUACAGCAGGUAUUCCCAAACUGGGGCAAUGUUGUCGGGGGUACGCCAAAUAAAAAUGUGAUUCGCAUUCUAUUUAAAUACAUUUAAAAAAGACAAUUUUCUUCACAUUUUCAAACAGUCCAUUUAUAUUUUCCAACUUGGCUAUAUAUUUGGGUGAGUUUUUUUAUUUUUUUUAUCGCCUGAGUAGCCUCGUUACACUGUCAAAAAUAAAAUUUAACCAUCUAGUGUUAAGCGAAAUAACAACACAAUGUCAAAUACAGGUAGCCUAGUCAAAUAAUUAACAUCUAAUCACAUUAACCAUUACUCUCUCCCGGAAAUUCCACUAACAGUCCGUAUGUAGCCAAACGUAGCUGCUGCUCAUUCCGUUUGCUCGAAAAUGUAUAAAUGGUUAAAAAAAGUAAGGCUUCCACAAGCACAUCCAAUGCUAGCGUCAGUCAUUCUACAUUUUGUUGUUAGCCCAUCUAGCAUGGACACUGACAGUUGUGAAUCUGAUGCAGCCGAAGAGCUACUGUCCCCUUACCCGGGAAAGCACCGAACAACAGUUGGACGUUGGACCAUCAAAGAGGUGCAAAUAUGAUGAGAACUACAUUGAUUUGGGGUUCACUUAUAUUGAGAGUAGCCACAGUGGGUUAUAUGUGCAAAAGUACUAUCUCACAACUCGAUUAAACCUUCACUCUUGCGCAGACAUUAAGAAACAAAACAUGCCAAUUUUAAAAAUAAGCCACAGGAGUUUUUUGAGCGAGAAUUAAGAUGACUUUUAAGUAGUAAGACAUGUAUAAAAGCAACAGAUACCAUUAAUAAGAAGGGGCUAGAAGCAUCUUAAAUGGUGAGCUACCGAGUGGCUAGGACAGGCAAGCCCCAUACUAUUGUGGAAGACUUAAUUCUUCCUGCUGCCGCAGAUAUGGCUGGGACAAUUCUGGGGGAAAAGGCCCAAAAAACUAUAGAGACAAGGUCUUCAUCAAACAACACUGUUUCACGACACAUCAGUGACAUGGCAGGAGAUGUUCUGAAAUAAUUACUGCUUUGCAUACAAACCAGUGAAUUCUAUGCAUUACAGCUGGAUGAGUCAACAGACGUGGCGGGCCUGGCACAGCUCCUGGUAUGUGUCCGUUACGUUUAUGGGGGUUCAAUAAAGGAAGAUAUCCUCUUCUGCCAACCACUGUAAAUCAGGACAACAGGAGAGGAUAUUCUUAAAGUACUGGACAGCUUUGUGACACAAAUGGACUUUGGUGGUCGAGAUGUGUAUCUGUAAUGAUGGCGCAAAAGCUAUGACAGGGAGACAUAGUGGAGUGGUAAUGCGCGUGCAAACAGUGGCUCCCAUCGCCACUUGGAUACAAUGCAGCAUCCACCGAGAGGCUCUUGCUGCCAAGGGAAUGCCUGACAGCUUGAAAUACGUUUUGGACACUACAGUGAAAAUGGUUAACUUUGUUUAAGCAAGGCCCCUGAACUCUUAUGUAUUUUCUGCAAUUAUAUGGGCAGCGACCAUAUAACGCUUUUACAACAUACAGAAGUGCACUGGUUAUCAAGGGGCAAACUAUUGACACGUUUUUUUGAAUUGAGAGACAAGCUUAAAGUUUUCUUUACUGACCAUAAUUUUCACUUGUCUGACCACUUGCAUUCUCACAGGACUGGCCUAUCUAGGUGAUGUUUUUUCUCGCCUGAAUGAUCUGAAUCUAGGAUUACAGGAACUUUCCGCAACUAUAAUCAAUGUGCGGGACAAAAUUGAGGCUAUGAUUAAGAAGUUGGAGCUCUUCUCUGUCUGCAUUAACAAGGACAACACACAGGUCUUUCCAUCAUUGUAUGAUUUUUUGUGUGCAAAUGAACUCAAGUUUACAGACAAUGUCAAAUUUGAUAUAGCGAAGCACCUGAGUGAGUUAGGUGCACAAUUACGCAGGUACUUUCCCGAAAUGGAUGACACAAACAACUAGAUUCAUUAUCCCUUUCAUGCCCUGCCUCCAGUCCACUUACCGAUAUCUGAACAAGAGAGCCUCAUCGAAAAUGCAACAAGCGGUUCUGUGAAAAUUGAAUAGAAUCAGAAGCCACUGCCAGAUUUCUGGAUUGGACUGCACUCAGAGUAUUCUGCCUUGGCAAAUCACACUGUUAAGACAUUAAUGCCCUUUGCAACCAUGUACAUGUGAGAUUGGCUUUUCGGCCCUCACUAGCAUGAAAACUAAAUACAGGCACAGACUAUGUGUGGAAAAAGCCUGAGACUCUCUCCAAUACAAUCCAACAUUGCAGAGUUAUGUGCAUCCUUUCAAGCACACCCUUCUCAUUAACCUGUGGUGAGUUAUAAAACCUUAUAUGUUCAUAAAAAAUUGUGAAUAUGUCAGAUGGCUAAGUAAAGAGCAAAAUGAUUAAUUAUUAUUAUAUUAUUAUUUGUGCCCUGGUCCUAUAAGAGCUCUUUGUCACUUCCUAUGAGCCGUGUUGUGACAAACUCACACUCAUUCUUAUGUUUAAUAAAUGUAUCGUAUAGUGUGUGUAUCAGGCUUACAAUGAUGACAAAAAACAACGUUUGAGAUUGCGCUGACCCUGGUUCUAUAUAGAAAAUUGCAUUGAGACAACCAUUUGAAGAACUUACAGGCUUUUCUUUUUCAGAACAAUCAAAACAAACAAGUGAAGCUGAUUAUCAUGGCUCCUGAAUGUACUAAUUCAUGUUUUAAGUGUAACUGAAAAUGAACACUAUUUAAUUUGAUGUGUUUCUAUCCAUGCUUGAAGUAAUGUUGAAUAUUAUUUUGACAAAGGUUUUGUCUGUUUAAUCACACAACUUGUCACAUACAGUACUCUUGAUUAACUGACAAUUGCCUCCCUGAGUUGUCAUGCAUUGAUUCCAGUUUAUUUCAUUGUACCACGGUUGUUUUGUUUGUGCUGUUUUUAUGUUCUGUCUUUCCUCUCCCCCGCAACAGGAGAAGGAAAAGACAGAGGUGUAUGCCACUGUCCUCCAUCCUCCAGUGGCAUACGUGUUGCUAGGUAACCACCAGGCCAGAGCACUAGCUAGAGUCUGUUUAGAAUGCAAGGGAACAUCAGCUGUGUGGCCAGUCAGAGCAUACUCAUUCAGAGCACAUUGGGGAUGGUGCACAUGGCUAGGAUACAUGGCCCUUAUCUACUAGUGUAGGGCUGGGACUGUCAGUAGUGUCUGACGACUGACAUCCACAGGGUUUCCCAUCCCAGGGCUCGCUAAACACAGUUGGAACUGGAACUUUCUGUCUAGCUGUCAAUGUGACAGCCAUUUUGAGGAAAUCGAUAAAAUGCCCUGAUGGAGUGGACCGUUCCUGCAAUAUUGGAUUGACAUCACUGUGGGAGAUCCAUAAUUUGAGGAUAUAUCCAAAUACCAUCCAAGGGAGCAUAUCUGUCCAGAUAGGCCAAAUCAAUCUGUAGCCUAAAGCAGGAAAUGGCCAUGCUAUAGUAUGGACUCUCAGUGACUGACAUCCCACACAUACUGUGAAUAUACAAACUGUUUUGCUGUGAAUGAAUGUACAUACAACAUGUAGCAUGCAAAGUAUUCGCUAUACGUCUGACUGCAGGAGCUGUUCUCUGUUAGUCACUCCUACAUCUGUUGCUACUACUGUACUGUAUGGAUGUGUAAAUAAUGGCACUCUAUUCCCAAUAUAGUGCACUGCUUUUGAUCAGGGCCCAUAUAGGCAUUACGGUGCCUCCCGAAAGUAUUCAUACCCCUUGACUUAUUCCACAAUUUGUUAUGUUACAGCCUUAAUUCAAAACAGAGGAAAGAAAUAAAAUCUCACCCAUCUACACACAAUACCCCAUGAUAAUGACAAAGUGAAGACAUGUUUUUCGAAAUGUAUUGAAAAUAAAAUACAGAAAUAUCAAAUCUACAUAAGUAUUCAAAACUUUGUAGAAGCAAAUUUGGCAUCGAUUGCAGCUGUGAGUCUGUCUGGGUAAGUCUCUAAGAGCUUUGCACACCUGGAUUGUACAAUAUUUGCACAUUAUUCCUUAAAAUAUUCAAGUCAAUCAUUGCUAGACAGCCAUUUUCAAGUCUUGCCAUAGCUUUUCAAGCCGAUUUAAGUCAGCGCUGUAACUACUGUAGGCUACAAAGUAGUCACAGCUUUAUUUGCACAUUAUAAACAUGUCUUCAAGCUCUGUCAAGUUGGUUAUUGAUCACUGUUAAACAGCCAUUUUCAAGUCUUUCCAUAGAUUUUCAAGCCGAUUUAAGUCAAAAGUGUAACUAAACCACUCGGGAACAUUCAAUGUCGUCUUGGUAAGAAACUCCGGUAUUUAUUUGGCCUUGUGUUUUAGGUUAUUGUCUCGCUAAAAUGUGAAUUUAUCUCCCACUGUCUGUUGGAAAGCAGACUGACAGGUUUUCCUCUAGGAUUUUGCCUGUGCUUAGCUCUAUUUAGUUAAUUUUUAUUUUUGAAAAACUCCCUAGUCAUUGCCAUUGACAAGCAUACCCAUAACAUGAUGCAACCACCAUGCUUGAAAAUAUGAAGACUGGUACUCAGUGAUGUGUUGUGUUGGAUUUGCUCCAAACAUAAUGCUUUGUAUUCAGGACAUAAAGUUCAUUUCUUUGCCACAUUUAUAUUGUUUUACUUUAGUGCCUUGCAAACAAGAUGCAUAUUUUGUAAUAUUUUUAUUCUGUACAGGCUUCCUUCUUUUCAGUUUGUCAUUUAGGUUGGUAUUGUGGAGUAACUACAAUGUUGUUGAUCCAUCCUCAGUUUUCUCCUAUCACAGCCGUGAAACUCUGUAACUGUUUUAAAGACACCAUUGACCUCAUGGUGAAAUAACUGAGUGGUUUCCUUCAUCCCGGCAACUGAGUUAGGAAGGAUGCCUGUAUCAUUGUAGUGACUGGGUAUAUUAACUUUUUCACCAUUCUCAAAGUGAUAUUCAAUGUCUGCUUUUUAAAAAUCCAUCUACCAAUAGGUGCCCUUUUUUGCGUGGCAUUGUCACGCCCUGACCAUAGUUUGCUUUGUAUGUUUAUAUGUUUUGUUUGAUCAGGGUGUGAUCUGAGUGGGCAUUCUAUGUUGUAUGUCUAGUUUGUCUGUUUCUGUGUUUGGCCUGAUAUGGUUCUCAAUCAGAGGCAGGUGUUAGUCGUUGUCUCUGAUUGGGAACCAUAUUUAGGUAGCCUGUUUUGUCAUUGUGGGUUGUGGGUGAUUGUCUAAGUGUAGUGUUUUUGUGUCAGCACUAUUAUUCAUUAGCUUCACGUUCGUUGUUUGUUAUUUUUGUAUAGUUUCGUUAAGCAUUCUCUGUGUUAAUAAAUAUCAAGAUGAACACUUACCACGCUGCAUAUUGGUCCGCCGAUCCUUCAAACUUCUCCUCCUCAGAUGAGGAGGACGACGAGCGUGACAGGCAUUGGAAAAACCUCGCUGGUCUUUGUAGCUGAAUCUGUGUUUGAAAGUCACUGCUCAACUGAGGUACCUUACAGAUAAUUGUAGGUAUGAGGUUGUAUCGAUGUGCACUGAGAGUCGGGAAGCAAGUUCAGGGAGUGAGUGUUUUAAUCAAAUAAAUGUAACAUAAUACAAAACAAGAAACACUAACAGCACACAGACAUGAAACAGAAACAAUGAUGCCUGGGGAAAGAACCAAAGGGAGUGACAUAUAAAGGGAAGGUAAUCAGGGAAGUGAUGUAGUCCAGGUGAGUCAGACGACGCACAGGUGCGCGUAACGAUAGUGACAGGUGUGCGCCAUAAAGAGCAGCCUGGUGACCUAGAAGCCGGAGAGGGAGCACACGUGACAGAGGUACAGAGAUGUAGGUAGUUAUUCAAAAAUCAUGUUAAACACUAUUAUUGCACACAGUGUGAGUCCAUGCAACUUAUGUGACUUGUUAAACAAAUUAAUUGAAUAUUUAUUGACAAAUGUUUUAUUAAUUUGUAGGAAUUUCUAAAAGCACAAUUCCACUUUGACAUUAUGGGGCAUUGUGUGUAGGCCAGUGACACAGCAGCUCAGUUGAAUCCAUUUUAAAUUCAGGCUAUAACACAACAAAAUGUGGAUGAAGUCAAGGGGUGUGAAUACUUUUUGAAGGCAUAGGGGGCCUUUGGGAUGCAGCCUAUGUGUUCCAUGUAUACCUGUGAGGAGAAAGGGUCUUUACAGAACAUUUCACAUUUUAGCGGAUGCUCUUAUCCAGAGAAAUGUACAGUAGUGAGUGCAUACAAUUUCAUACUGGUCCCCUGUGGGAAUCAAUCCCACAACCCUGGCAUUGCUAGCACCGUGUUCUGCCAACUGAGCCACACAGGACCAUACCUGGAUUAUUACUAAGUCAACAGUGCCAACAUCUCUUGAAUAAAAUGCAGUUGAAUAAAAUAUAGAUUAAAACAAACAUGACAA